CCGUACUUAGGAGCUUAAACCAUAUUGUGAUCUAUCAAAAAUUGUAGUAACAUUUUUGAAGACAUAAGCUUUCUUAAGCCGUUAUUCCAGGACUAAGGUAAUUCUCUAUAGAGUUACAGAAGAAUUUGCGGAUCAAAAAUCCAGGAAUAAGACGUUCUGAGAAGCUUAGUAUUAAACAAAAAGCCGAAAAUACUUAAUAAAUACGCUGCUAAAUAGUUUUAACUAUCUAAGUGUAGAAAAGACACGGAUUAAGCAAAGCUCAUUAGCAGACAAGAUAAGAAGAAUAUAAAUCAGAAGUUAAUAAGAUGCUGGAUACUGAAUCAAGACCGGGAAACGGUGAAAUGAUGAUGGGGUACAUGUAUAAUCAACAACUCUUGUCAACUUCAGAGGACGUGGACAAGGACGUUAACUCUGUGGAGGCGCUGCAUCACGUGGAUAAAUCCCCAGCCAGCAGCCCAGAUACUGGCAUCGGCCUUCAAGAAUCGCCCUAUUCGAAACAAGAUUACGGAAAACCAGAUUACAUCAAGCCAGAGUACCCAACUCCAUCCGAACAUCACCAAAUACCACAACUUCAUCCGGAUAUGACGUCAAUGGCAUACCCACCCGUCAGCUCGCACAAGCCCGGGGCCUACAGUGUAAACGGCAUAAGCCUGUCCUCGCCCAAUGUAGACAUGAUGCAUCCAGCUAUGGGUUAUCAAAUGUCCCCAUACUCUUCUGGCAACCCAAGAAAACAAAGAAGGGAAAGAACUACUUUUACACGCGCACAGCUAGAUGUGAUGGAAUCACUGUUUCAGAAAACUAGGUACCCAGACAUCUUCAUGCGCGAGGAAGUUGCGCUGAAAAUUAACCUCCCGGAAUCAAGAGUACAGGUCUGGUUCAAAAACAGACGUGCCAAAUGUAGGCAACAACAAAAGGCCAAGGAGGGAAACAACAACAAAUCGCCAACACCAAAGAAGGCUAAAAGCCCACCCCCUCCUCCAUCCAUAUCUCCCGUCGGAAGUUACACGAAACCAACGCCGGUAUCCAGCCCACUAACAAAUGGAAGUAUGAACGCACCGACUUCAAUCUGGAGCCCGGCUUCUAUCUCGCCAAUGAAUGAUCUAAUGUACCAGAACAGUUGUAUGCAGAGAGCCGGCAGUUACCCAAUGAGCAACAUGCACACCGGAUAUUCUCAUCAAAAUUAUGGACCAUCUUCAUAUUACGGAAACUCGGAUUACUUGUCACCAAUGCAACUUCCUGUUAUGCAUUCUAACCAAGCCAAUACAAUGUCCAACUCAUAUUCUAACCAGUAUUCAUCAUUGCCGACGGCGCAGGGCCUGUCCCGACCACCUGUGGCCGGCGGCGACUGUUUAGAAUACAAAGACACUUCAUCAUGGCCAAAAUUUCAAGUUUUGUAAUAGUGACAUCAUAUGUGUGAUGCAACAAUCACUGUGAUUAUUUAUUACCGCCGGAGGAUGGAAUAGUCAACAGACAUUCGGUAUAUUCCGUGUAAGAGCGCGUGCAAUUCCGGAAAGUGCCGAUUCUGGGAAAACUGUCGUCUGCAGACUGUUUGACAUUACAUAGGCAAAGAAAAAUGUAUGAAGCGCCAAGAGGGGCUGGCAUUCAAGGUGCAACAUAAUAUUUGCAUGACAUUCGAAAGUGCUUGAGCAGUUGUGAAGCAGAGGAAAGAAGACAUUUACAAAUUUAUGACAAUCAAUAGUUGUUGUUGUUUAUUAGUCACGAUGUUGUACAGAAUACAACAAAGUUACGGAGGUAUACUCGAGAUAAACUGUAAAUUAUAUUUCUCCACAUUCCAAAAAUUGUUCAAAUUUUUAUAUUUCAACGUCAUUCCUUACAUUGAAACUUUCAUUGUAUCACCUUUUCGUUUAUUUUCUAUCUAAAACUGAAGUUACUUGCCAAAAAAAAACCUACAUUAUUUUGUAUUCAUUUUUUUUUUCAAAAAAAAAAAAAAGUCCAGUUUGAUAUAUAUAAAAUACUGAAAAAAAUCUCUGGUCAUUUUUCGUUUGUUUCAUUCCAUUACUCAAAAUCAUUGUCACAUAUUGAUUGGCAAAAACGCAAUAUAAAAGGAUCUUAUUAUUUGAAGGAUUCAGUGGCAUUAAAAGUGUGUUUAAAUAUUUGAUUUUUUUUUUCUAAGUGAUAAAUAUAUUUAAAUUGUUUAAAAGAAUAUUUAUUAAACAGCAGUUUUCUGAACAAGGUAAUUGCUUUUAAAGCAAUACUUUAACUGUGGAAUAAAGUCUUCAGCAUUUUUUUUCCUUGAUUAUAUAAGUUUGUGGUAACUUCCUUUUUGACUUGACUUCUUUUGAAUGGCAUUUACUACUUUCACUUUGAGAUUUUAAAAAGGAAGUAUAUGAUAUUAAGUAUUCAAAAUUUGAGGAUAUAUUAACUCAGUAUAGGAACAGGUAUAUUAAAGAUAAUGAGAUUGUAGUAUAGAUUAAAUAACUUAAUUUUUGUACAAAGUGUAAAUUCAUGUAAAUGUUUAAGUUCACUUGUUGUUGUUUUGAAGAUGAAUUUGUUUUGCACUGUAUACAAAUGUUGUAAAAUGUACAUGUAUAUCUAAAUACAAAUUAUCAGUUUAAAUGUACAGUAAAUUCAGUCAGACAUGUUUUGAAUAUUCUGUUAUGUAUAAUUAUUUCAUAGAAAGUAUCACAAAACGCCAAAACAAGUCUAAUAUAGAUUUAUUAUUGACAAAUUUUAUGUUCACAAAAUAUUGCAAAAUAUUGAACAUAUUGGGAAUAAAUGCAAUAAUUUCA